AGCCAUGUUCACAGGCGGCUCUGGUUCGCAAUGACGAGCUCGUCGUAUGUCUAUUUGACAGUCGGAAUCUGCGCUGCUGUAUUUCUCACAUUCGCAUGGAAAUUCGGACCUUUAUUUGAUCACUUCCGCGAGCACAAGCAGUGGCCAAGGCCGCAGUCCCGCCUGUGGGAGCUGCAGGGCAAGUUCCUCGUGGUGUUCUUCCUAUGCUCCACGGCAAACUGGCUGCAGGUGCCGUACGACUUACCUCUGUACGAAAGGUAUGGUCUGGACCAUACUGAUAUGGGGCAGCUGCUGGUGACCGGUUUCUUGUCAAGCCUCGUAUUUGCUGGCGUCGGUGGCUACCUCGCAGAUUCCUACGGCCGGCGCUUGGCUUGCCAGGUGUAUUGCGUGCUCACGGUGGUCGCGUGCCUCACCAGGCACUUCUCGUCGAUCGGCAUCUUGUUGUGCGGCCGAGUGUUCCAGGGCAUGGCCACGUCCAUCUUGAAUUCUGCAUUCGAGGCGUGGUUCGUGAGCGAGCUGCGAAGGGCGAGGAGCGACGCUGCAGAGAUGAGCAACGCCCUUGCGCACAUGCACCUGGGCGGCUCGGCUGCCGCGGUGCUGUCCACCGCCCUCGCGGCCAGCCUCUCCGCAGUGACUGGCAGAGGAGGCAGCCAGCCAAGCCAUGCCCUGAAUUCUGGCGGAUAUUGUGUACCGUUCGACUUAGCAGCGUUUCUAGCUCUCGCAUCAUUGGCUCUUAUGGGAGUGCUUUGGAGGGAGAACUCGGGUGAGAUCAGCAGAGAAUUUGGCUUGUCCACCGCGUUCCGGCUAGUGGCCGAAGACCCGAAGGUGUUGCUAUGUGGCGUAGUUGUCGCACUUUUUGAAGCCACCUUCUUCCUCCUCCAUUUCUAUUACGCGGGCGCGCUAAAGGAGGGGGCUGGAGAAAACGACAUACGCGAUUACUACAGUUACAUGAACGACCCCGAUGCUCACGACGGCUUCAUAUCUUGGGGCCUCGUAUACCUGAUUCUCGCCGUGUUCCUGAUGGCGGGCAUCGCCGUCUUCGGCAUUCUGGCAGGCAGCCUGCGCGACACGAGGCUCGCACCAGAGGCGCUGCUAUGCGGCGCACUUCUCGCGAGUGGUGUUGCGCUCGCAGUGUCCCUGCUCCCUUCCAGCAGGUCGGGUCUCCUCGCGAGCCUGGUCAUCUUCCAGCUUUUCUCAGGCAUCUACUGGCCUGCCAUGGCCGCAGUCAAGGGCAGCGUGGUGGAGGAGGGCAUCCGGGCGACCGCCUAUUCUCUGUACCGGGUGCCACUGAAUUUCCUCACGCUCGGCGUGAUGCUCGUAAGCGUCAGCUGGAGGUUCGCCUUCGGGUGCGGCGCCGUCGCCUCACUGCUCGCCUUCGUCGUGGCGGCCUUCCAGUUUAGGAGAUCAAAGAAGGACGCGUGGCAGCCCGCCUGCCGCUCUCAGCACUUCGAGCUCCGCGACGCCGACCAGGACACGGCGGAGACGCGCCUGCUCGAGGCGGGAGGGCUCUCCGGCAGCAAGCUGGGCAGCGAGUCGAUGAGCGAGUCGUUCGAGUCGACCGCCGCCCUCCUCCCGGCGGGCGCGUCCGACGGCGGCUCGUGGUUCGCGGCCGACACGGACAAGGUGACGAGGCUGCAGGCCGUGGCGCGCGGGAACUUGGCCAGGAAAGAAUUGGCAGUGCAGCACGAAAAGGUCACGAAGUUGCAGGCGGUUCAUCGCGGAAGAGCGGUCAGGCUGAGGCGAGAGAAGGAGAUCAAGGCAGCCACGAAACUGCAGGCGACGCACCGUGGACAUGCUGUCAGAAAGAGGUCCUCGCUGGGCUGGUGGCCCGACGAGCACACCGAGUGCUCGCCGCGCGAAAUCAAGUGUCCGCGGGGGCAUUCCAUGGAACUGCAGCUGGCCGACACUGGCUUCUGCGACAGGUGUGGGAGGACAGUCGAAGUCGGAGAGUUGGUUCAUGAGUGCAGCGAGUGCGACUUCUUCCUUUGCAGCGACUGCCAAAAUCAAGAGUCUUCUGAGCCACAAGGUAAGAGGACAGUAUUUGGGGCGACAGAGCGAUUUGAACCGGUUGUUGAGGCGGAAGAGCCAGCGAUUUCAAUAGAGCAAGCAGCAUCGUCUAAGACGACAUGUUUAAAAGGGCAUCCUUUGAAGUCGUGGGAGUGCGAUGUGACUUGCGAGUGCGACGGUUGUGCGAAGCCAAUAGGAAAAGGCGAGGCCGUCAUGGAUUGCGAAGUUUGCGACUACGUCUUAUGCCACACUUGCAAUGGUGGCACUCCAGCGCCACAAGUCCGGCAUGCCCCCGCUGCAGCAAAGAUGCCGCCGCCGAUCUCCAUGGUAAAAUGUCCGCAGGGGCACCUUAUGAAAAAGUGGAUUAGCGAUACCUCAGGUGACUGCGAUGGCUGCAGUAGAGCUAUCCCGCUUGGUGAGGCCGUCCUGGAAUGCCAGACGUGUGAUUAUUUGUUAUGCAAGGAUUGUAUCGCUCGGCAGCAACGCUCCCUCGACAAUGUUCCCACGGACUGAAGCUUGGAUUCGUUCUAGCAUGCGCAUUCCCGCAAUGAUUGCCGCGCUUAUGCUUUGGUACGGUUCACGUCGCCAGCCUAGUUCAUCGAUGUUGUUGGGAUGCUUUUAACUUCAGCACCGCUGUGUAGGUCAAGAGCAAUGCCUCGAGCUUCUCUUCGAGCAGAUUGUACGCGCAAAUGUCCCUGUGUAUCACCGAGUGCUGACACGCAACAAACUUGGGCAUGACCAGAACUGCGGUGUUUGCUGCUUCAAAAAAUGUUCAUUCUUCGUUAUGUUGUCAUUGCUACGUCCGCCCCGUGUUUCUCUUGCACACAUCGCCUGCCAUCAUCACUCUACCAUCAAAUGGCUUAUCCAGAUGGUGGUUGUUCACA